AUGUCACAAUCUCCCUCCAACAGCAGCAGCAACAGCAACGGCGAAGACAACUCUCUCCCCCAAACCAGCCCAUCGACAUGGUACGUCCACAUCCCUCUAUCCCCCAGCUACGCACACUGCAACAUCAUCCUCUUCGACGCCCUCUGCGCCGCCCUGCAGGCGGGCCGGUACCAGAUCUCCUCGUCGCCGGAGACUACGCGCGGUUUCGUGAUUGAGGUUCGGGGGCGGUAUACGCGGCCCGAGGCGAUCUGGAGGGCAGCGUCUCUCACCUUCUCUCUGAAUAUUAACGAUGAAAGCCCGUUGUACACUUUCAAGCUCUCCCACUCAGAGCCUCUCUCACUGCUGGCAGACACCAUUUCCAACCAUCAGAUGGAUGUCUCACUUCCAGACUAUAAGACUCAGCAUGAAGUCCUCUGUACCCCAGCAUCACCAGCAUCAUCAACCAAAAUGGGCCUCAUCGAAUUCCUCCAAUGCCUCCGGGGCCCCAAACCCACCGGACACACCUGGUACGUCUACUUCCCCCUGCACGGAAACCCCGUAACCAAAAGCGAGAUUUUCGAGACUGCGCGCCAGGAGCUGCGCGACAAACAGAUCACACUGCGGGCGUCGAGACUUGGAGCCCCCGAGGACGGGAUGCUGAUGCAGGUCGUCGUGACGGAGAAUACAGAAGAGGAGGUGCUCACGGCCGUGAGCGCGGUGAUUGACCGUCAGUUGCAGGAUGCGCGAUUGUCACUUGAGCGGAUCUUGCAGGUUGAUAAUGACAGGAGGGCCUAUAAUCGGGUUGCUAAUCUGGAGAGGGAGGCGAGGGAGGCGAGGGAGUUGGGGAAGGGCGAUAAGAAAGAGCGAAUUAGUGUUCUCAUUGUUGGACUAUUCUGUGGGUAG